AAACUCCCGAUUAACAAAUUUUUAGUCAGAGCAUGCCCUAGCAAUCAGCAAACAAGACAUUCAUGAUUAUAUGAUUCUAGUUCUGACCUUCCAUAGGCUUCGUCAUGUCAGCUAUAAUCGCAACUUCCUCCACACUUUCACACGGUGAACAAGCGGCACGUGAGACAUUCCCUUCUCUCUCCUCUAUUCUUUUCAACCAAAAGUCAAAGUCUUUACUAAAAACUUUUUCCUUAUCUUACUCCUUAGACGAAAAUUCAACCGCAGUUCACACGAAACUUCAUAAGAUUCAAACCAGGUAUCCAAAAUUUCAAGAUCCUCUCGAACACAUGGGCACAAAUUUAACUAUACCAACCCACCGCCAAGCCCCAAAGAGAACAGAAACCUAUUCACAGCUCACCUCAUAUCAAACCCUGAAUUUUCAGAUUCCAAAGAUUGAUUGGAUUUAAGGCAGCUCGACUGUUCUGAACUCUGAUCUAUCCAUCCAAUACCAGGCUUAUAACCAAGAUUUUCAGAUACUCUUUAAACUUGUGCGUGCGUGUAUUCUUAAGAACCCCGCCAGAUCACAGAGAUUAUAGACCAUUCAUAGAUACCUCAAAGCUGCUUGAAGUAUCUCAGAAAUUUGGCGGCAGCCAUGGCUACUAUUCCCGUGGCUUACCAAGAGCACCUCCCUGCUGCUCCUGGUUGGCUAAACAAAGGAGAUAACGGAUGGCAGAUGACAGCAGCCACACUAGUGGGUAUCCAAAGCAUGCCGGGGCUUGUGAUUCUGUAUGCAAGCAUCGUCAAGAAGAAAUGGGCUGUCAACUCCGCUUUCAUGGCUCUCUAUGCCUUCGCUGCUGUCCUCAUCUGUUGGGUCCUUGUUGGUUUCAGAAUGGCCUUUGGAGACCAACUCCUUCCCUUCUGGGGUAAGGGUGCGCCAGCUCUAGGCCAAAAGUUCCUCAUAAAUCGAGCCAAGGUCCCUGAAAGUACUCACUUUCACAAAAAUGGCACUCUAGAAACCCCAACCGUAGAGCCGUUUUUUCCCAUGGCUUCACUUGUGUAUUUUCAAUUCACUUUUGCUGCUAUAACGCUUAUCCUGCUAGCUGGUUCGGUUCUUGGUCGCAUGAACAUCAAGGCCUGGAUGGCUUUUGUCCCCCUUUGGCUCAUUUUCUCAUACACCGUAGGGGCAUUCAGCUUAUGGGGCGGAGGCUUCCUCUACCAGUGGGGCGUCAUGGAUUACUCCGGCGGCUACGUAAUCCACCUCUCCUCCGGAAUUGCCGGCUUCACCGCCGCGUACUGGGUGGGACCGAGGCUGAAGAGCGACAGGGAGAGGUUUCCACCGAACAAUGUGCUGCUGAUGCUUGCGGGAGCGGGACUUCUAUGGAUGGGGUGGUCGGGGUUCAACGGCGGAGCUCCGUACGCGGCGAGCGUUGACUCGUCGAUAGCGGUGUUGAACACCAACAUAUGUGCAGCGACGAGCCUUUUGAUGUGGACGUCACUGGACGUCGUCUUCUUCGGGAAGCCUUCGGUGAUCGGGGCCGUUCAGGGUAUGAUGACCGGACUGGUUUGCAUCACCCCCGGCGCAGGGUUGGUGCAAUCGUGGGCGGCUAUAGUAAUGGGAAUCCUGUCGGGCAGCAUUCCAUGGGUCACCAUGAUGAUCCUUCACAAAAAAUCUUCUCUCCUCCAACAGGUUGAUGACGCCCUGGGGGUGUUUCACACACACGCGGUGGCGGGGCUUCUGGGUGGCCUCCUCACUGGCCUCCUGGCAGAGCCCCAGCUCUGCCGGUUGACUUUGCCGGUGACCAAUUCGAGGGGGGCCUUCUACGGCGGCAGCGGCGGCAUUCAGUUCUUGAAGCAGAUAGUGGGAGCCCUGUUUGUGACGGGAUGGAACUUGGUGUCCACCUCUAUCAUUCUUCUGGCCAUUCGUUUGUUUAUACCGUUGAGGAUGCCGGAUGAGCAGCUCGAGAUCGGCGAUGACGCCGUGCACGGUGAGGAGGCCUACGCACUGUGGGGUGACGGAGAGAGAUAUGAACCUAACAAGCAUGGUUCCUCAUCAGACGUUCAUGGUUCUGCAGUUUCACCUUACGUGAGUGGUGCAAGAGGCGUCACCAUAAACUUGUAGCGUCACAGUUAUGUUUCCAUCCCAGAAAUGUAUAUUUAAUUUCAAGGACUUUUGUUGUAUAAGUUAUGUGAGAUUUCAAAAAUGCAACACUUUUUUGAAUGCAUUCAAAAAUGUAACAUUUCACACGCGCA